GACCCAUAUCUGCAGGGAUUUGGGGACACCGACACAGGUGGUGCUGUGGGGCCCCUUUUCUCGGGGACAGGACAGUCCUAAGGAACACAUCUUUGGGGGUCCUGGGGACGUGGGAUGCCUGGGAGGCUGUAGGGACAGGGGGCUCUCUGGGGACAUGGGGUGCCCUGUAGACCCGGGGAGGGUUGAGGCGGGGUCCUGGGGAGCUCCGUCCCGGAGGGUGCAGGCCGAGGUGUCGCGGGUCGGAGGACACUCGAGGGUGGGAAGGGGGGCGGUCCCGGUCCCUCCCGUCGGGGGCGGCCGCUGGGGCCCGAGGCGGAACGGGUACAGGAACGAGCGCACCGGUAGCGGCAGCGGCACCGACCUGUGGUACCGGGGCCAUGGCAGAGCUGGCGCGGUGCCAGCGCGAGGCCGAGGAGGUGGCAGAGCUGAUGCGACAGAACGUGGCGCGGGCGCUGGAGCGGGAGGGACACCUGGAGCAGCUGCAGAGCCGAGCCCAGGACCUUCGACAGGCGAGUGAAGCCUUCACCCGCACCACACAGACGGUGGCACAGCGCCAGCGCAGGAGACAUCGGCGGUGGCACCUUGUGGCCCUCGGCCUUGGCCUCCUCCUCCUCUUUAUCCUGGGUCUGGCACUGGUGCUGGCCUUGGCACGGUCAUCCCCCGGGACUGUCACCAGCACUGUCCCCACCCCACGGGGGGGACCAAGCACACCCCCAAAACUGCAGGGACCCCAUGACAGAACAACAGGGGGACACCUGAGGGGUCCCCAGGAUAAAUAAACACCAGGACUUGCUUGGGGAGACUACAACAACAACAAUUAGGAAUCAGUGGGAUGAUUUUCAAGGAGACCCUACAACAAAUAAACUCCAAGAUCUGCUUUGAAGAGACCCUACAAUAAAAACCUAGCAAGACCCACUCAAGGGUAACACUACAGUAGGCACCAGGAGCUCUUUAGGGAGACCCUACAAUCACAAACCAGGAGAAUGAACUUCAGGGAGACUCUAUAAUAAAUAAAUACCAGGAUCUGGUUUGGAAUGACCCUACAAUAACUAAGGCUCCAGAAUCUGAUUUGAAGAUACCCCAUGAUAAUAAAUCAGCAGGAUGAACUCUUGUGAAGACCCUACCAUAAAUAAACACCAGGACACAUUUAGGACCCCACAGCAACCAAGCCUGUGGGACCUACUUCAGGGAAACCCUACAAUAAAUAAACACCAGGAUCUGUUUUGGGGAGACCCUACAAUAAAUAAAUACAAAGAGCUCUUUGGGAAGACCCUACAAAAACAGAGCAGUGGUAUCACCUUGGGGGAGAUCCUACAAUCCCAAACCCACCAAAUGAUUUCCAGGAAGAUCUUACAAUAACAAAUGUGCCAGGCCCUCCAGGGAGACCCUACAAUUAAUAAACAUCAGAAUCUACUUCAGGGAGACCUUACCAUAACAAAGGACCAGGAUGAUCUCUGGGAAGACCCUACAAUAACAAACAUGCUGGACCUGCUCUGGGGAAACCCAAUGAGAAAUAAACACCUUAACUUUUGUUUGGAGAGACCCUACAAAAACAAACCAGCAAGACCUGCUCCAGGGAGACCCAAUGAAAAUAUUCCAAACCCUCUCUGGGGAGACCCUACAAUAAAUAAACACCAUAAUCUGUU